GGGCUAACUGUGUGAGGGAGCUGAGUCUAUUUUCACAACUUAUCAAGAAGUUUGGCGGACUCUAUUAUUUUCGCAUCACGCAGUAUAAGGAUUGACAAGGAAGGAAUUUGUGUGUAAUCAUCAGAAUGUUGAGUGAUGGAGAAGGAGGAGUUUAUCAUCAGCCUCCAAGUUCAGGAUCUUUUCUUGUGCCUCAUUUACCACUAAUAGAAGAAGCAAGAGAGAAAGGUAUUAAGCAUUUUUUACAUGAGCAUCCGUUGAUUUUCAAGGAAGAUGUUAGAAAUGGAUCUAAACAUCCAUUGUAUUGCGAUGUUUGUGGCAUGGAAAUUGGAAGAAGUGGGUUCAGUUGUUGUAUAGAAAAAUGCAAAGGUUUUAACCUUCACGAAUUUUGUGCAUCUUUACCCUUAGAGAUGAAAGACUACCCACAACACCCACAACAUCCUUUAAUCUUCUUCACAAGCAGAGGUUUCCGUUGUCAUGUUUGCAAAGCUGACUACUCGUUCUCAUUGCGGACGUCAUUCCUCCAUUGCUUUCGCUGUAAGGUUUGCGAUUUUCAUGUGGAUAUAAGAUGCGCAUUCAUGUCCUUUCUUGUUUGUCCUCGCACUCUGCACAACCACGAAUUGACCCCUCGGCUAUACCCCGCUUCAUUUUUAUGUAGUUUUUGUGGUGAGAAACACGGAGAAGGAGAAACAGGUAUUUCCUAUCAAUGCAAAACUUGCUGGUUCUGGAUCCACGAGCAAUGCUACUCACUGCCUCAAAGUAUUGAACAUGACAGUCAUGUACAUCCGCUUAAGUUAUGUUAUGAUCUACAAGGAGAGAAGUUACCCAACUAUCUAUGCGGCCUUUGUAAGGAAGAGAUAAACAGUUAUUUGGGUUUCUAUGUUUGUAAGAGAUGUAAAUACACACUUCACACAAAAUGCUCAACUAAGAAAUGUAGGGAUCCUCCAAUAAUUGAAGAAGAAGAAGAAGAUCAAAUAAUUCAAUUUCCGUUGCCUUCGAUUGAGGUAGUACAUAACACGCUAGCCCAAUUUAUCAAAAAUAUAUGUCAAUGGAAGGACGAGGACGAGGAAGAUUGUAAUAUCCUAAGUCACCCCAGCCAUGAUCAUCCACUUACCCUUGAGUUUGAUUUAAGCAAGAUUACAAGCUUUAGCAGCACAAGUAGAGGUGAGUAUAAAGUGAUCUGCAAUGGGUGCAUUCUUCCUCUAUUUAUAAAUGAUGCACCCUUUUAUAGUUGCAACCGGUCAACAUGUAAUUUCGUUUUACACAAAUGGUGUGCUAAAUUGCCGCGUGAGUUAAAGCACCCGGAUCCGGCUCACACAAACACAGACACAGAACACACACUAAUCCUACAAGUAAAGAUUAAAAGAUUCUUUGGCUUCUUUACAUGCAAUGGUUGUCGGGAGAUGGGGAAUGGAUUUGCCUACAAAUGCAAUGAAUGCGAAAACUACUACUUGGACGUUAGAUGUGCUGCAUUUCCUAGACGAGUCAAUCACGAGACUCACAAACACCCUCUCAUUCUUAAGUAUGGGAGAACCAUCGGAGGUUGCUUCUCAUGUGGUGAAACCAAUUUGGAUGAUGAAUGGCUGAAUAGAUCUACUACCCCAUCAUCGUCUCUACCCUCCUUCACAUUUGGUUGUGAUAUAUGUCACUUUAGUAUUCAUCCCAGAUGUUUGAUGUUGCCACAAGAAAUUGUACAUUGGUACGAUGAACAUGGAUUCAAAUUGACAGAUCCAGAUGUUUUCAUCCGUGAUGAUAAUCAAGGUGCAUCAGAAUAUCAUUGUGAAUUUUGUGAGGAGAGUAUAGUUCCAGAUAAAUUGACGUACCACUGUUUUGAAUGUGACCAAUGUGCUGAUGCUAAGUGUGUGCGAAAGUGGUUCGGUCUAUUUCCAAAACAUGUCAAGAUUGGCCGACUCUAUGAUUCUGAGCUUCAUAAAGAACAUCCCCUAACCUGCAUUUUACCUGGCGAGAAAUUUAAUUGUGAACAUUGCAAUGGAAGGUCAAUAUUGUGUAAGGACCUUGAAAUUGGCUUUGAAUGUACUGAAUGCCAAAUUAGGUUUGGUCUUAAAUGUAUUAUUGAUCAACAUCAACUGGAACGGAAACUGAAACUGAAGCAUGAUUUAUUUCUUAGGUGGAACAAUUAAAUGUAAUAAAAAAUAUACAUGUAUGAAAA